AGUUCAUUCAAAAAAGCGAUGGCCCUCUGUUUGUUUCCUUAGAAAAUUUCCCAUGGAAAGGACGGAGAUUUUCCUCUCAUUUUCUCUCCUUGUUUGCAUUUUGAAUUUGGGUGGGUCGGCAUUUGGAAAAGCAAACGACUAUGUCAGGGAUGCAUGCUCUGUUACGAGAUACCAAGACCUCUGCAUCCACUCUCUGGCUCCGUUUUCACACAUUGCGAAGAGAAGUCCGAGCAAGUGGGCUCGGGCGGGGGUUUCAGUAACCCUGGCUGAGGUCAAGGAAGUGGCACAAUACUUAACCAAGCUGAAGAAAUCCAAACAUGUGAUUGGGAGAAAAGGAGUGGCUCUGUCGGACUGCGUGGAGGUCUUUGGAAACGCCGUGGACGAGCUGCACAAGUCAUUAGCGGUGCUAAGGAAGCUUAAUGCGAGGAAUUUCGAGGAGCAGAUCGAGGACUUGACGACGUGGCUGAGCGCGGUGCUUACGGAUGAAGACACUUGCUUGGAAGGUUUAAAGGGCACUGACUGUCUGAGUAGAAAGGAAUUGAGGAUGCUGCAGAAUCGAGUCUUGAAUACUACUUAUUUUACCAGCAAUGCUCUGGCUCUGGUUAACAAGCUCGCCACAACUGGGUUGGGAAGCUUCGAUGGUCCCUGAGUAGCUGAAGAUCGAUAGAUGACCUAUACUAGAAUAAAAUUACUGAAACACAAAUAUCUCUAGAUGAUAUUUUGUUUGUUUUGGGUAUAAUAUGUACCGCCUUAUGUAUUUCUAUUAUUGUAAAUGCAUUAAAUCUAAUAACAUCUG